AUGUAUGGCAAAAACGUACUAGAAAAUGUAGAAAUAUUCAUACACACAUCAUUCUAUUCUACUUCACUGAAAACGCUCAUAUCCGUAUCCACCAUCAUUCUGCUGGGAUUGAUCAUGGCCUACCACGCGCUCGAAGUACAGUUGUUCAUGAUUGACAAUUGCGCGGACGACUGGCGGAUCGCGAUGACGUGGCAGCGGAUUGCCAUCAUCACGAUGGAGCUGGUGAUCUGCGCGAUCCACCCGAUUCCUGGGGAAUAUUACUUCGAGUGGAAAACCAAGCUGGCCAACAAGCACGGAAAACCGGAAACCCGGUGUGUGCCCUACGACGUGCCGCUAUCGCUGCCGAUGUUCUUCCGGCUGUACCUCAUCUGUCGGGUCAUGCUGUUGCACAGCAAGCUGUUCACGGACGCUUCGUCCCGCAGCAUCGGCGCCCUAAAUCGGAUCAACUUCAACACGAGGUUCGUGCUGAAGACGCUCAUGACCAUAUGCCCUGGCACGGUGCUACUCGUGUUCAUGGUGUCCCUGUGGAUAAUCGCCAGCUGGACACUCAGACAAUGCGAAAGGUUUCAUGAUGAAGAUCACGCUAACCUGCUGAACUCCAUGUGGUUCAUAGCGAUCACGUUCCUGAGCGUGGGCUUCGGAGACAUAGUGCCAAACACUUACUGCGGUCGUGGCAUUGCAGUCACCACUGGCAUAAUGGGUGCCGGGUGCACAGCACUUCUAGUGGCUGUUGUGUCACGAAAGAUGGAACUGUCUAGAGCAGAAAAACAUGUCCAUAACUUCAUGAUGGAUACUCAACUAACAAAACGACUGAAAAACGCUGCGGCCAACGUCCUCAGGGAGACGUGGCUGAUCUAUAAACACACCAGACUGGUGAAAAGGGUGAAUGCAGGCAGGGUUCGAACACACCAACGAAAAUUUUUGUUGGCCAUAUACGCGUUGAGAAAAGUAAAAAUGGACCAAAGAAAAUUAAUGGACAACGCAAAUACAAUAACAGACAUGGCCAAAACGCAGAACACUGUUUAUGAAAUCGUAUCAGACAUGAGUAACCGAUACGAUGCGUUUGAAGAACGUUUGGCUAAUGUCGAAGAUAAACUUGUAGCCUUACAAGAACAGCUGGAGCUGUUGCCGGAGAUCCUGACCCGGUGCAUAGCGCAGAGCCAGCAGCAGCAGAACCAGCAGAGCCAGCCGAACACCGGCAACCCGUCGUCGACGACCGAGUCCAGGCGCAACUUCCUGCACCCGGAAUCGGCGGCCGCGGUGGCCACCGGCGGCCUGAUGCAGCCGUCCGUCUCGUCGCCAGCGGGCAGCAUGACCGGCGUCGGCGGCAACCCGCUGAUGUUCCCGUCGUCGUCCGGCGCCCCGGGCGGCGGCAUGAUGUUGGCCAUGGGCAACGGGUCGACGGUCAUGUCGCACUCGCGCAGCGUGCCGCCGACCGGUGCCGGCGGCGCGUCCCAUUACCACUGGCCCACCAGUCCCAUAUUGCCGCCAAUCAGCAGCCGGACGCCGCAUUUAGUGCCCGAGCCCAUCCAGCCAUCCAGCUGAGCCCACGCCCGACCGCCGCCCAUCGGAACAAACAUGUAUCAGCGUUCGUUUUGAAAUCAGCCGAACAACUCAAAAAACGAUUCAAAAUCGUCUACGUGCAACAUAUGUCUACGUUAAUAUAAUAAUAUUAUGAAUAUUAUGUAUUAUUAUUGUUAAAAUAUUUAAGUAGAACUAAUUAAUGUUAUACACAAAAAAAAAAAAAAAAAUACUAUGUUAUUUCUACUAGAAAUUAGUAAGAAUUGCUCA